AUGAUCCCACCUGUACAGCAGAGCUCAAGCAUCCUUUCCAUGUCGCAAUAUCAACUACAGACCACCAACCUUAACUACAAGUCAACUACAUCAAUAUCAUCAGGGGCAAACAUGGACCAUCAUAAUAAAUCCCACUCGGGGAUGAAAGGUUUUUCAUUUUUCAAAGGCCAUCAUCAACACAAUAAUGAAACUUCCUCCCCACUUGACCACAACAGUAGCAUUCCUAGCCAAAAAGGCUCGAAACAGUCCAGCAAAAACAAACCAAGUAAACAUGAUCACACACCUCUUCCUUCUUCACACAUUGACAGCGAAAACCAUCACCUUAAUCCCAUGAGCAGUCGAUAUCACCAUGCGCAUACACAUACACAACGGGCCCAAACAGACAAAUCAGGUGUUGCCUCCUUUAAAGCCAUUUUUCAAUGCCAAAGCAAUCGAUUUGAUGAGCGGAUCAUACUGGAGGAAUGGCUGCAAAAGCGUUCAUCUUCAUUGCAACUUGUUUGGAAGCGACGAUGGUGUGUUCUACGCGAUGGGUGCUUUUAUUACUAUCGGUCAAAUACGGACACAAAGCCCCUAGGUGUGUUGCACUUAGCCGACUAUUCAAUCCUUUCAUACGGGCACGAGGUAUCUAGGAAGUCCAAAUUCGUUUUCCGACUUUCAUCUGUAGAACCCAUGCCGAACGAAAAUCAACAUCAUUUGUUCCAUGCUGAAACAGCUCAGGCUCUGGAUCUUUGGCUGGAUGCGAUCCAGGGACAUAUCAAUCAUGCCUUGGCACAUCUAAACGGUGAUUUCCUAAACCCAUUGGGCAUGGAAUCAACCUGGGGGCUACCAGGGCCAGGGAAGAGGAGUGAUAGCAUGUGCUCAUUAUUGCAGCACCCACCAGAAGAGCAAGAGCAAGAGCGAAACAUUAUUGACGAAGUCCUAGAGCGUCUACAGCUCGAAGAUCCAACCCUGUCGGAUAUAAACGACCCUUCUACAUUAAUUAUGCCAGUCCAGGAGCAUCCAUCGAGCCCAUCCUAUCCUGCUAGCCAACACCUAUUGCAGAGGUCGUUUCAAGAAAUGCAACUUAGCUUUGACGACAACCUCGAUGGCUGGGGUCCAUUUUCAACACCAUCACUGACGAAUCGACUGAAUAUUGAUACCAAUUGUGGCGUCAACAAUCUCAGUUCAAGCAGCACGUCCCUCAGUGUUGAUCAUCCGCUACUGGUAUAUGACGCCAAACAAAGUAUAGGCUUACCAUUGUCCCCACAAAGAAGUCCAAUUGCAACCCAUAACGAGGAUCGCAUCCACAGCAGUGACGUCCCAACCAGCCAUUCGGGAAGCUAUACUCAAAGUAAAGCUUCCAGUUACACUGAUUCCCCUCCUGCACAUUCGAGUUUCUCGGAGAUUGGCAUCCUCACUGGAAACAGCGGUACUAUUAGUAGUAGUAGCAAGAUGGUAACUAUUAUCACUUCUAAAAAAGGCUUAGCACCUUAUCACCCAAUUACUGAUUCAUACCAUCAGGGAGGGGGGGAGGUGAGGGCCCAGAUGGACCGCGGAAACCAAGGUCAAGGUGGACGCCAUCCGACGUCGCCUUCAUUCUCAGAAGAGCAAUCCUCGUGCCAAUACAGCAACAGCAGCAUUGGCACUCCUCAAAGUCCACUAAUCUGCCCUUAUCGAAUAAACGGGCAAGGGCAGUCGAUACUAUUAGAGAUUGGCGGCAUUCCGCCAUCAAGCAGCAACCCUGGCUCACCACUCGGAUCACCAAGGCUGUCAUACAUGAAAUCUACCCCAAGUAGCCGUGACAAUACUAUCGCUACACCAUCCCGAAUACCGUUUUCCAUGGCCAUUGAGGCGGACACUACUCCAUCUCAUAAACGUACCCAAAGUGAGGCAUCUUCAGUAUCUAUUUCCACGAUUGAUUCGAUCACAGGUGAUAUGGACGCAACUAACGACGCCAGGAUCAGCGAAACGGUUUCCGAGAUUGGAUAUGCUAAACCAACCAUACACCAUGAUCAGAAGAAGAGCAGCAACGGAAGUAACGACAAUCAUGCCCAAAGCAGUAACUGCUCUCUGACUAACCAUAUUGAUGGUAGGGAAAUAAGCACUAGUAGGAGCUAUUGUACGGAUAAUGAUUACGACGACCUAUGUUACCUUCCAUCAGUUGAUGAGGAAGGCAAUUCGCCCACGGCAGCAUCAGUACUAGCAUCAGCGAACCCAAAGAAGGCAAAGAAGCUGUGGUCAGUAUACGGUGGAAGUGGAAGUGAAUCAAGGAAAGCAGAGAAAGCCAGUAAUGGCAGUAAGAGGGCCGUAAGCCAGGCUCUGGAUGCAGACAACCCGAUGCUCAAAAAUCUAGUCCUCAUUUCACCACCUUCCAAAAAAUCUUCUCCUAGCAGGAAAAGCGAUAAUGGCAAGAAACACAAUAAGGUAUUCUCCAAGUCCAUGACCUGUCUGCCCAAUGAACCUACAUCGAUGGGUCAUUAUUCCGUGGAUACAAGGCCGACUGGCGCGGGUCCUCACUCUGCUGCGCCGUCGUCCUUAGCAUCAUCUCCAAGGGCCCUGGCCUCAAGGGCACGCUCACCCUCAGUCUCCAUUCUAGAUGAGGCUUAUCAAUUAGCAAGCAUUGAUUAUUCACAGAAGCGUGUCAUUUUAAUGCAUCGACAAAAUGGGAGUGCUAGCGCUGACCCCUCUGCUGCAUUUGAAUCAUCAUUCAUUCAACAGUCGGGCCAAAAGCUGCCAAUACCUUACCAGGGACAAAGGCAGCAGCAGCAUGGUCUGCAAUUCAGGCCGUCGAGGGCAUCGACCGCACCUAUACAUACAAUCAAGAACGAUUGGGGGACACAUGUUCAAGACCAAAGAUUCUAUUCACAACCACAGCGAUGUAUUGCCCCUGCACUUAUUCGACAACAACAUCAUUCUCAGCCUGCCCAAGUCACUGGAGAUGCGAAUGGAGCUAUAUUACGACAUAUCAUAGCUCCUGAUGAACUUGCGUUAGCCAUUGAUCUGGAAAUGGAGGAGAGUAGGCGGAAGCAGGAAAUAGAGCGAUUAGGAAAGCUUCAGGAGCAGGAGCAACAGAAAUGCAACGACCAAGAAUCCAAGCUGAUUGAGUCAGAGCUAUUACCGUCUGGAUCCCAAGAUACAACCGCAAGUAUUAUAGCCUCCACUACUAUCGCAGCCGAUGAUACUAUUGUGAGUGAUGUCAUAUCGCUGAAUUCGCUCACCAUCCUGGCUGCAACGAAUUCAGAGCUACCGCCAACCUCCACGGCCGUAGCGGAGCCAAUUAGUGGCAACUGUGACCUUAUCCUGGCAGCUGUACGCCCACUGGGCCAAUUGAACGACGUUGGGAAGUCGGAUGUACCAUCUCCAUUAUCGCGAUCCCUUCCACCCCCGAAACGCAGCCUUCGUCGCCAGCCAUCCAUAAUAACAGGUCCCGAAGGCUCCGCGCAACCAUCGCUGCACAGAGCAACUAUGGUAUCACAAGCUUCACAAGCCUCACGAGUAUCAUAUAUUUCAAUGCCAAAAUUAGAUGCGUCUUUAUUAGAAGACGAGUCUUUCCAUAUUUUUGAAGAUGGACCAACUGAAACCACGACCAUAACGAGGAGAGAUGAUCACAUGGCAAUACUGGAAUUCGCAAAAGGUGAUAAUGCCGGCGAUGGGCCUGAAGACUUAAUGGCAAUUGAAGCCUCGGUUGCUACGGCUAUGACGGAUAGUGCUACCACUACUUUGAUGGAUUCAAUUACAACUCUAGCCAUGAAUAGAAAUGAACUAAGUCGAGAUGGAUCUUCUGCAGCAUUAUCUCCUGUAUCUCCUGUGUCCCCUGCAUCCCUGGUAUCAAUAGAUUCCCCUCCCAUAUUACCAAGGCGAUCUCCCUUCCGUGGCAUUGUAGCAACGAACACAAGUCCUGUCAGCUCAUUGUAG